AUGUCGAACUUUUUCGGUAACCUGAACAACCCGCGGAUGCCCGAGGUGGUGAUGAACCAGGGCCCGCUCCCCCCGCUGAGCACGGACAACCUGCCGUACGGGUUGAACGGGACGGCGAAUGCGAGGAUCAACUACAACAACGCCCUGCUGGGUGACAUUACCCCUUACGUCUACGGGGACUCUGCACGCAUCACCACGCAGACCUCCUACCUCAACGUCCCCUACAGGAUCCAGAAGAUCGUGCCCGAGCUCUACCUCCCGCCCAUCGGGGAGGGCCGCGGGCUCAUCAAGGUGUCGCACGCCGUCGAUUAUGGCGACAUCGCCUGGACCCUCCGCCUGCGCAACAUCUCCGCCACCCUGGGAGUCUUCAUGAAGUCGGCGGAGGGCAUAAGGGAUAAUGGGACCCACAUCACCGCCUUCAUCAACCUCUCCACCGUGAAUUACAUCCUUCUGGGUUUCCAGAACCUUUACCUCAGGGUGGAAGCAGCGGUGGCGGCGGGUGCUUUGUUCCGGAGCACCGCCUCGGAUGAGGCUUGGUUGAGGCUCUGGUACGACCUCUUCGAUAUGACCGGCAGGCCGGACGACUUCAUCACCUGGACAAGAAGCCUGGUCAAUCACUACAUCGGCCCCUAUCAACCUCUCACCUUUGAAGACCCGACGUCUACUGUGUACUCUCCCUACCUAACAGACCAAGGGUCAGGCCAACCAACCUGCAUGCUGACUGACUACGAGGAGUGGAACGGCGACAUGCACGACAGGGUCAAGGAUCGGUACCCCGACGUCGACAUCAUCUGCACACACAACCCUCACAGCGCGACUAGCUUCUCGGUGGUAUUUUCCAUCCCGGAGCACGAGGGCAUGCUCUUGUACGUCGCGUGGAUGAUAUUCAUCGUCGUCACCAACGCCUCCGUGGUGUUCCAGGCCCUCCUCCUCCCCCUCUGCCGCGCGGACGGGCAUCAAAAAGGCAUGGCGGAAAGAUCAAGUGGUCCGGCGUAUGCGGCGAGCAGCCAAGACAGUGAGAAAAGGUCGAGUUGGAUGCAUACCUCCUGGGAUAACUAUGUCUUCAUGGUGAGCUUCAUUAUCCAGUUCAGCCUGGCGUUCUCCUUCCUCGUCAUCUUCUCGGUGCACGUGAUCGAGUUUGGGUACAACUCUGGCAGCAUGCGGUUCCCGAUCUUCAAGUCUUUGUACACCAACGUCUAUGGCCAGCCCAUCGGCAGCCAGCGUGUGACACUCUUCGGUGAGACGAGCGUGCUGAAGACCACCGUGGGUGGGACAUCCAGCUACAUGCCCGUCGCCCCCUUGCCCCUGAGUUUCGACAGCCCAUCUUUUGCCGGGCAGAGGCCCUAUACGUAUUACUACUGCAACGACACGGCGUUCACGUCCACCAUCGCGGCGAACGAUUGGAACAGGCAGAUGUCGCUCUGCCACAUUGAGCGGUCGAAGCAGGUCGCCAUGUACAAAAACGACCCUGUCAGCCUCACCUAG